AUGCCUCCAAAACAGGUCACAGAAACCACUUCAAUGGGCGAUGGUUCCUUGACUGCGCUAUCUCCGACCCAGGGGGAAACGUCUGAAUCUGUUCAUAAGCUCUUGGAUCCGAUCUUGAGUGGCUCAUCGCCCAGCUACGCCGCGUAUUCGAGCCAAAUAUAUUUUACCAAGCACCAAACGUCUCAAACACCUGCUGUCACUCCCAAUCUUGCAUUACUCGAAGAAUCGGCUCGAGCUCGUCUUCCUUCCGAAGCUUAUAAUUAUGCUGCAGGAGGAGCAGGUCUCGAAUCGACUGUCUCUAAGAAUGUCUCUGCAUUCAAAACAUAUUCCAUUGUUCCGCGCAUGUUACGUCCCGUUUUGCCCCGACGAGAUCUAAGCCGUACGGUCUUUGGCCAAAAGCUGCCUGCUCCAAUUGUUAUGGCACCGAUCGGUGUUCAAAAGCUGUUUCAUUCCGACGGCGAGCUCGGGACUGCCAAGGCCUUCGGAGAAAUGGGACUGCCAUACACUAUGUCAACUGCAAGUAGUACUGGUAUGGAAGACGUUGCUCAGGCUAAUGGGGCCGGAAACCCUCGUUGGUACCAGCUUUACUGGCCUACUGAUGACGAACUCACACGCUCCUACCUGAAACGCGCGAAGGCAAGCGGAUACGAGGUACUUGUUGUGACUGUUGAUACAUGGGAACUGGCAUGGAGACCACGCGACCUGGAGACGGGUUUCUUUCCGUUCGUUGAUGGUGUGGGGACCACUCUUGGACUUGAAGAUCCUGUGGCUCAGAGCCAACUUGGAUUUAAUGCAACUAACAAGAUGGCAUCCAAGGAACAGAAAACGAUGGCGAAUCUGUACCACGUGGUUUCAACUAGCAGAGGCGUGAGUCCUCAGUGGGAAAAUCUCCACAAACUAAGGACUUGGUGGGGAAAGGGACCAAUUGUACUCAAAGGCAUACAAAGUGUACACGAUGCCCAGCUUGCUCUGGAACAUGGCAUUGAUGGGAUAAUUGUCAGCAAUCAUGGUGGUCGGCAAGUUGACGGUGCAAUUGCUUCUGUUGAUGCACUCGGUCCCAUCGUCGACGCUGUAGGUGGGAAAUUAACUAUUGGGUUUGAUUCGGGUAUCAGAUGUGGUGCGGACAUCUUCAAGGCGUUGGCGAUUGGAGCAGACUUUGUGCAACUUGGGAGACCUAUUCUUUGGGGUCUGGCAUUAAAGGGAGAGGAGGGCGUAAGGCAUGUCUUAAAGUGCCUAUUGGCCGAAUUUGACUUGACGGUGGGCUUGAGCGGCUGUACUGGAUUAUCGGAUAUAUCAAGGGAUAUAUUGUAUUAA